ACGUACUCGGUUUCUCUGCGAGACCAUCGGAUAACGUGUACACUUUCAAAGAGAGCUUUUAGAGUAUUUCGAAUAAUUUUUCUUUCAUUUCGAUCAUCUUCCAAAUUUUUCUAAAAAUAAUUACGCUAUACAUAACGCAUAAAAAAACAAUUUCUUUUCAAAGGAGAUCUCGAGAUUUCUACCAUUUGUUUUUCUUUAAGUCAAAUAAAUUUGACUUCAUCAACGAAGAAAGGAAUACAUCCAAUACGUUCAUUUUAGUUCUGGCAAGUUGACUGCUCUUUUAUUAAAGGUGUUUCAAAAGAAUGGCACGUGGACAACAAAAAAUACAAUCCCAAGCAAAAGCAGCAGAAAAAGCUGCUAAAGUAAAGAAACAACAAGGACAUAGUGCGAAUGAACAAAAAAAGGCAGCGCAAAAAGCAUUAGUUCAUGUAUGUUCAGUUUGCAAGGCUCAGAUGCCAGAUCCAAAGACUUAUAAGCAACAUUUUGAAAACAAACAUCCUAAAAACGAACUACCUGACGAUUUGAAAAAUAUAUGAGAGUAGGAAUGCCUGCAAUGGAUCGCACAUAAGGAGAUUCAAAAAAAGAAGGAGAGAGAGGGAGAGAAUAACUACAAUUGAGUGAUAUAGUUUAAGAUUCAUCCAAUAUUAAAAUAGUUUCAAAACAAAGAAAUAAACAACACCCCAUUAGUGUUUUUAAGAAACUGUUUCGCAGUUACAGAGAUGAAUUAUUAUGCACAUUUUAAACAUUUGCGCAUAAUUCAUGAUGUGCUUGUGGUAAAUUUGAUUUGUAAAAAAAACCUACAUUAUUCAUAAAAAUCAUACCUUAAUCACACUACUUUUUAAUAUAGCACGAAUGCAUCAAAAUCUGUACAUUGCUAAAUAAAUAAUUUAAUGACUUUAGUAAAAUAAUAAUUUUGGAAUAUGUGACUUAAUCUAAUAGAUUAUAGAAGACGAUCGAUCAUUUGUCUAUUUUAAAAUUAGAGAUUGCAUUUGGAAUAUAACAAAACAACAUUACAACUUUUACAGAUUUGUAUAAUCUGAAAGGAUGAUUAUUAAAUAGAUUAUUUAAACAUUAAAAUUUCGUUUAAGAAAUAUAUUAAGUAUGCUAUUGAGUUUUUAAUAUUCAUAAAAUCAUUACCACAUCAAAUAAUAUAUUCUCAGAUCAUCCGCUUGUGUUGUUUCGUUGUGUUUAUCUUGAAAGAAUGUUAAACUAUAAAAAAAAAACUGCCAAUUUAGAGAGAUUGUAUCGAUUAUUAUCGAAGCAAAUACUAUAUAGUUGAAGUCCUUUCUAUGUAGAACUUUGUCAAUUUAAGGAUAAUUUCUUUUAAAAUCACAAUUUUAAAACUUUAACAUGGAUGAAUUAUAUGUUAAAGAGAGAAG